AUGUUAGAAUAUCGUGGUGUAGAUGAAUUAUGGAAUAUAAUCUUAUGUGUUGGUGAUGAUGAUAUAGCUAAUGAUGCAACACGUUUUUUACUUGAUUUAUAUUAUUUAAAACAACCAAAUCGUACACGUCGUUUAACACCACAAAUACUACAUGGACAUUUUCUUAAAGAAGUUUAUAAACGUUUAAGUUAUUUACUUAUUACAGCUAUACCACCAUCAACAUCAUUAACAAAAGAAAUUGAACAAUUUUAUAAAUCUUUAAAAACUUAUGGUGAACAAUUAAUAACAACAACAACAACAACAACAACAUGUAAUACAUCGACAUCAAUUGAAACUAAUCAUACAUUAUGGUUACAAAAAAUAGAACGUCUUUUAAUGAUAAUAGAAGAAUAUAUACAUAUAGUUGAAUUUGAACAUUCACCAACAGCACAUAUAACAUCAUUUCAUGGUUUAGAAUAUCAAAUAAAAAUAGUUCUUGGUGAAAUAGGUAAAACACAUUCUUCAUAUGAUAUUGUAACUGUUCAUUCAAAUGAUACACUUGAAAUGUUACGUAUAUGUCUUGGACAAUUUUAUAAAGUAUCGUCACACGAUAUACAUAUAUCAAUACAAAAUACUCAUCCAUUACCACAAUCAUAUGAUCAUUUAGGAAUAAAUAAUAAUUAUAAUACUAUUCCAUUAUCAUCUUCAUCUAAUAAUCAAUCAAAUAAUAAUGUUCUUAGUUCAUCAUUAAAUUCAAAAUAUCUAUAUCAACUUCAUAUAAAACCUGGUACAACAAUUUAUGUAAAAAUUUUAGGUAGUACAUAUAAUCAAUCAAUAAAAUCCAUUAAUAGUGAACCAAUACGUAUUAAAUUAAAUAAUUCAUCCAUGUUAACGACAACAUCUAAUAAUAGUAAUAUGAAUACAAAUGAUGAUAUAACACGUUUAACACCAUCAAAUAUAAUGGCAGAAAAUUCAAAAAUCUAUGAUAUACUUUAUAAAUUGUCAUAUUUAAGUAAUAAAAAUAUUCAUAAACGUAUAAGAAAUCUUCUUUAUUUAAUGCCAUCUGAUAUUCGCAUACAUGAUUAUCUUGAUCUUAUAUCAAUACGAGCAGCAAAUAUAUGUACAAUUGAACGACGACAAUCAACAGAAAAUUUGAAUAAUAAUAACAAUAAUAAUCAAAUAAAUUCUCGACAAGCUAUUGAUUAUGUAUUUGAUAUAAAUAAUUGUAGUCUUAUACAAUUAUUAUAUAAUCUUGAAAUUUUAUCAAGCAAAAUAUUACCUUUAUCAACAAAUAAUGGUAUAGAACAAAGUUCAAAAUUAUUUCGACAAGAUUUUAUUGAACAAUCAGGUAUUGGAUUUUUAUUUCGAUUACUUAAUUCAUUAAAUAAUUUAAUUCAUGAUGAAUAUCAAUAUUCAUUAUGUCAAGAAAUGACAAGACUUAUUUUACAACUUAUACAAUUAUUUGUUUGUGGUAGUAAACAGCAAAAUGAUAUUAUUUCACCAUCAUCAUCACCCUUAUUACAAAUAUCACAAAUAAUCGAUGAUAAUAUUAAUGACGUAAAUGAUGGUGAUUUUCAAGCAACUGUUGAGCAUUUACAAUUUGAAGAAUUUGUUGAACAAAUAAAACAAUUGAUAUUUUUAUGUUGGGCAGCUGCAGCUGGUAAUAUUAAAUUACAUGGACAAAAUUUAACUAUAAAAGAACAAGUCAAAUUAGAUCGUCAUGCAUUAUUACAACAAAUAAAUGCCAAUGUUUUUAGUCGAAAUAGUAGUAAAAGUUCUUUAUCAAAUGAAUUAUCAAUAAAUAAUGAUAUACAAAAAACUGUACAAUUUGGUAUAUGUGUGAAAAAAGAUUCAAUUUCACCAUUGGAUAGUGAAAUAGCAGAGAAAAUUAUUGAAAUUAUUAUAUUUUGCUUUGAAAAACGGCCUGAAUUUAUUGAAUCGCUUUUUUUUUCUUUCAUAGCUACUUUUCUUGUUCAACCAUUUUUCGCUGAUUUUCUUUUGGAAAUUUUAAUUGGUACAACAUCUCGUGAAGUUCGUCAAUGUGCAUUACGUAAUGUAAUUAGUUUAUGUAAAAUUGAAACAUCAGUAUGUGAUAUACGUUUAAUAAUUCAACAAAUAUUAAUAAAAGCUCGUUUACCUUUAUGGUCAUCAUCAUGUGCUGGUACACGUAAUUCAAAUCAAAAAUUACUCGCACAAUCAACGGAAUAUUUUGAUUUACGUUGUCAAUUAAUGGAAAAUUUAACAAAAGAAAAACAAGAUCUACUUGGUAUUAAUGCUAAAAAAUUAUUGUCAGAUGAAUUUUUAUGGUUAUCAACAUAUACUGUAUCAUCAACAUCAAAUGAGUUACGUACAAUUGAUAAUAUAUUAUUUAUGGGUCAUUUAAAAUUUGUUCGUACAUUAUUAACAUGUGAAAAUAUAAAUAAAAAUAAAAUUGGAAUUGAUUUUAUUCGUUUACUUAUUGAUCAAUUUUUAUUUCCAGCAUCAAAACAUAUGUCAUUACCAAUUGUAUCAACAAAUAAGGAAAAUGAUUUAAAUGAUGAUUCGAUAUUUGAACCAAAAUGUUCAACAAGUGAAAGUCGUCUUGCAGCAUAUGAUGUACUUGUAGAAUUAGUUCGACAUUGUCAAACAAAUUUAAUAAUUGUUGUUGAUGAUCUUAUUAAUCUUCAUCAUAGACCUAUACUUGAAAAACAAAGUGAAUGGGAAUUUAUGCCACAAGUUAAUCCGCGUGCAUCAUGUGGAUUCGUUGGUCUUUUUAAUGGUGGUGCAACUUGUUAUAUGAAUUCUAUUCUUCAACAAUUGUAUAUGUUACCUCAAAUAUCAGAACACAUAUUAAGUGUACAUGAUGAUGGUGAACAUAUAAAUGGAGCAAAUAAAACUGGAGAUUCAAGUUUAUUUUAUCAAGUUCAACAAGUUUUUGGUCAUUUAAUGGAAAGUAAAAUGCAAUAUUAUUCACCUGAAUCAUUAUGGAAAGUAUUUCGUCUAUGGGGUCAAGAAAUAAAUAUACGUGAACAACAAGAUGCAUUUGAUUUUUUUACAGCAAUGACUGAUCAAAUUGAUGAAUAUUUAAAAAGUAUAAAACAAGAAGAAAUAUUUCAUAAACAAUUUGAAGGAAUAUUUUGUAAUCAAAUGAUAUGUACAAAUGGUUGUAAUCAUCGUUAUGAAGGUGAAGAAAAAUUUAUGGCAUUAAAUGUUGCUGUUAAAGUUGAUUCACUUAAUGAAUCAUUAAAUCAAUUUGUUAAAGGUGAAUUACUUGAUGGAAAUAAUGCUUAUUUUUGUGCUAAAUGUCAAGAAAAACGAACAACAAUAAAACGAUUAUGUAUUAAAAAAUUACCACCAUUAUUAUGUAUACAAAUGAAACGUUUUGGUUUCGAUUGGGAAAAUAAUCGUGCAUUAAAAUUUGAUGAUUAUUUUCAAUUUCCAUUCAUACUCAAUAUGGAACCAUAUACAGUAGAAGGUGUUAAUAAACGUGAAAGUUUUAUUGAACAUGAUGAUGUAGUUACUACUAAUACAAAUGGAUGUAAUUCAUCAUCAACAACAAUAGGUAACUAA